AUGUCAUCGAGUGGUAUUAACUAUUAUAUGGAAGAUGAUCAACCUACCUACUGGAAAAAAUUUCGUAGUUUUCAUGAAACUCCACUAGUUAAAAUGUGUUAUCAUUUCAUUUCCUAUGUUUGGUUUUUAUUAACAUUUAGCUAUAUGAUGCUUUAUCAUUUUGAAUCUCCUUCUAAUAUAAAUGGUACACUUCAUUGGACUGAAAUUCUAAUUAUCAUAACAGUUACAACAAUGCUUUUAGAAGAAAUACGUCAAAUUGUUUAUGAUUUACGUAAGAAAAUGUUAGAAAAAUGGAAUACUACAACUCGUCUAAUUCUUACUAAAUUGACAAAUCCUUUCUAUGCUCUACCAUAUUUACUUUUCUAUUUGGGUAUCUUUUUACAUUAUGCAUUUGGUAAUACACCAGCUGUUUUAAGCGCAGCACGAAUUAUAUUAGCAUUCGAUUUGGAAUUAUGGUAUCUUCGUUCGUUAAAAUUUGUUAUAGCUUUAAAAUUUUUAGGACCAAAACUUUUUAUGCUUCAAAAUAUGUUACGUGAUUUAGCUGCAUUUGUCUACAUGAUAUUUAUUGCUAUUGCUGCGUAUGGUGUUGUUUCACGUGCAUUGUUCAUGUACAGACAAGUGCCAUUUACUGUGCAUGGUAUAUUUGAAAAUAUAUUCUAUUCGCCAUAUUGGUUCAUUCAUGGACAAUUUAAUGAUACAAUAACACUUGAUAAUAUAAUACAUGAUCCAAAUGCUACAUUCAUUGCCGAAGCUACAGCAACACAUGUUCUAUUAGCAUUUCAUAUGUUAUUUAUUAAUAUUUUACUUUUGAAUUUACUUAUCGCUGUCUUUACUCGUACUAUUGAUGAAGUUCAGAAAAAUACUGAAUUCUAUUGGCGUUUUCAACGUUAUUCAUUUGUACGUGAAUAUUACGAACGACCAUGGUUAGCUUAUCCACCAUUGAUUAUUAUACCGCAUAUUUGGAUUGUUAUACGUGCUCUAUGGAAGACACAAUGUUGUUGUACAAAUGGAAACAACACUACUAAACAUAAUUCUGUUACAGCACCAAUUUUUAAAAUGAUUCCAUUAAAUCGUGAAGUGUUGAAUGAACAAUGGGAUAAAUUUGAAAAUGCAGCUACAUAUAGUUAUGCUAGAUCAGUUACUAGUUCUGAAAAAAAGAAAGAUUUACAUCAUCAAACAAAAUCAUCCGAACCAACAACCGCCGUACAAACACAUGAAGAUAUGCAAAAACAAUUAAAUGAAAUUACGGCCUCAUUGAAACGAUUAACAGAUGCAUUAACUCGAUCAGAUUUAAAUAGAGAACCUGUAUUAUAA